UUUUCCCAAAACCUCCCCGUUCUCUCUAAUACCUAUCUUUCUUCUCCGUCUUUGCCAUGGCCGCCUUCUCCGCCAACGGUUGGCUAAUCCCGGCGGAGACUAGCUCCACCGCCUCCUCUUCCCCAUCCUCUCGCCGGAAAUUUGCCUCCUCCUCCUUCUACUCACGCGCCAUACGCCUCGCGACACCGUCCCCGCGCGUCGAAACCUUGAAAUGCUGCUGUAGUUUACCUACGCGUGUCACAGAGCCCUCGUCAAAGGAUUCUCUCCUUAAAUCACUUGCGAAGUCUCUCUCCUUGGCCUCCGUUUCCUCCGCCGCUUCCUUCUUUCUCCUACGAAACUCGCCUCUCCCGUCGAUUCUGAGCGGCGGCGGCGGAGACAGUGGCAAUUUCGGCGGGUUUGGAGGAGGAUCCGGCGGAGGUGGCGGUGGCGGGGAUGGAAAUGACGGUGGAUUCUGGAGGGAAUUGUUGUCUCCGGCGGCGGCACUUGCGGAUGAGGAACAGUCGCCGGAUUGGGAUUCUCACGGGUUGCCGGCGAACAUCGUGGUGCAGUUGAACAAGCUUAGUGGUUUCAAAAAGUACAAGAUCUCCGAGAUUCUGUUCUUUGAUCGGCGGCGACAAGCCACUGUUGGCACAGAGGAUUCCUUCUUCGAGAUGGUCUCGAUACGACCAGGCGGUGUGUACACAAAGGCCCAGUUGCAGAAGGAGCUCGAAACUCUAGCUACUUGCGGAAUGUUCGAGAGAGUCGAGAUGGAAGGGAAGACGAAGCCUGAUGGAACCCUAGGGCUUACAAUCUCCUUCACGGAGAGCACGUGGCAAUCGGCGGAAAGAUUCCGAUGCAUCAACGUGGGGCUAAUGCAGCAAUCGAAGCCGAUAGAGAUGGAUUCGGACAUGACGGAUAAGGAGAAACUGGAAUACUACAGGAGCCAGGAAAAGGACUACAAGCGGAGGAUUGACCGGGCACGGCCGUGUUUAAUUCCCGGAGAUAUUCACGGCGAGGUUAUGCAGAUGCUGAGGGAACAAGGGAAAGUCAGUGCGAGGCUGCUUCAGAGGAUCAGGGACCGAGUUCAGCAAUGGUACCACGAUGAAGGGUACGCUUGUGCUCAGGUUGUGAAUUUUGGGAAUUUGAACACGAAGGAGGUUGUUUGUGAAGUUGUGGAAGGAGACAUAACUCAGCUAGUUAUCCAGUUCCAAGAUAAGCUCGGUAAUGUGGUCGAAGGUAACACCCAGAUUCCUGUCGUGCGCAGAGAAUUGCCCAAUCAGCUCCGUCAAGGUUAUGUUUUCAACAUCGAAGCUGGAAAACAAGCUCUUAGGAACAUAAACACCUUGGGAUUAUUCUCCAAUAUCGAAGUCAAUCCACGUCCGGAUGAGAAAAAUGAAGGGGGUAUUAUCGUGGAGAUUAAGCUUAAGGAGCUAGAACAGAAAUCGGCUGAAGUCAGUACAGAAUGGAGUAUUGUCCCUGGGCGGGGAGGAACUCCAACCUUGGCUUCGAUCCAACCAGGAGGGUCUGUAACUUUUGAACAUCGGAACCUCCAGGGUCUAAACAGGUCUAUCAUGGGUUCAAUAACCACUAGCAACUUCUUAAAUCCUCAGGAUGAUCUCUCGUUUAAGCUUGAUUAUGUCCACCCAUACUUGGACGGUGUCUAUGAUCCUCGUAACCGUACCUUCAAGACAAGCUGCUUCAAUAGUCGAAAACUUAGCCCUGUGUUCACUGGUGGACCAGGCGUUGAGGAAGUGCCUCCUAUUUGGGUAGAUCGAGCUGGUAUCAAAGCCAAUAUAACUGAGAAUUUCACUCGUCAGAGCAAGUUCACGUAUGGACUUGUAAUGGAAGAGAUAACGACAAGGGAUGAAGGCAGUCAUAUUGCUGCGAAUGGUCAGAGAGUUUUGCCUAGCGGAGGAAUCAGUGCCGAUGGACCUCCAACCACUCUCAGUGGUACUGGUAUUGAUCGUAUGGCCUUUCUACAGGCCAAUAUCACCCGUGACAACACCAAGUUUGUGAAUGGGGCCGUUGUCGGAGAGAGAAAUGUCUUUCAGGUGGAUCAAGGGCUGGGAAUUGGGAGCAACUUCCCAUUCUUCAACCGUCACCAGCUAACCUUGACAAGAUUCAUUCAGCUGAAGGAAGUAGAAGAAGGAGCUGGUAAGCCGCCUCCACCGAUUCUAGUCCUCCAUGGCCAUUACGGUGGUUGUGUAGGCGACCUCCCAAGUUAUGAUGCUUUUGUCCUCGGUGGCCCUUACUCUGUCCGUGGUUACAACAUGGGUGAGCUCGGUGCAUCCCGAAAUAUUCUCGAGCUCGGUGCUGAGAUUAGAAUACCGGUGAAGAACACGCAUGUAUACGCCUUUUGUGAGCACGGAAGCGACCUGGGAAGCUCAAAGGAUGUGAAGGGGAACCCAACAGAAGUGUACAGGAGAAGGGGGCAUGGUUCUUCCUACGGUGUCGGAGUAAAACUCGGUCUAGUUCGAGCAGAGUACGCCUUUGACCACAACAACGGCUCUUCUGCACUCUUCUUCCGGUUUGGAGAGAGGUAUUGAGGUACUCUACUAGUAAACUUUAAAUGUACCCUUUAAGAACCCUUUUUUUAGAUUUUUUCCAUUUUUUAUCUUUCUUGUCUUCAAGCUCUUCCAAAUCAUUUUGAUGUGCCUUUGUUCACAUUUUUGAAAGAAUCCAUGUUAAGAGCAAGUGUCCAAAUGUAUGAUUUAUUUACAUCAUCACGCUCCAUACAUA